AUGUAUGCGGGCGGGGAGAGCCGGCCCAGUGGUGGGGGCGGGGGUGGAGGUGGAGACGCGCUCCGGCGGCGGAGGCAGCCCGGCGCGUCCGCCUCUCCCGGGGCGGCCGCCGCGUCUUCUUCUUCUUCGUCGUCGUCGUCCGGCAGAGGAGCGGAGGAGGAGGAAGGGGAGGCGCAAGGGCGAGGGCAGCAGAGGCAAGCGCGGCGCAAGAAGCAGCAGGGGAGGCGCGAGGCGGUGGCCAGGACGAUCCGGGGCGGGCUGCCCUCCUGCUGGGGCGGCGGCGUCUCGGUGGUUCAGGAGGCCGCUGCCUCCGGCGGGCGGAGGGCCGAGAGGAGGUGGAGCCGGCGGGAGAGAGCACCGGCCGCCGAUCGAGAUGCUGCCGCCGGCGCCGGCGAUGGUCCCGAGCCUGGCACGGGCACUGCCACGGCAGCGCCGGCGGCGUGGUGCUGCGUGUGCCCCGUCGGCGACUGCUCGCUGGAGCCCAACCCGAGCGCCACCGGCAAGGAGGACGCCGGCGUCCGGUCCCUCCUCGAGCAGAACGAUUUCUUCUCCGCCGACUGCAACCCGCACGCCGACGUCCUCCCCGCCGCCGCCGCCGCCUACGAGUCGUCGUAG